GCCGAGUUGGUCUAAGGCGCCAGAUUAAGGUUCUGGUCCGAAAGGGCGUGGGUUCAAAUCCCACUGUCAACAUCAUCUUUUGAUUUUUUGUUUUCUGUCAUUAAAAUUAGAAAAGGACACCAGUGGGAGAAAAAGGAAGGAUUUGCUAAGGACAGAAAGAGCAUCAAAUUAGUUUUUAUCGCCAUAUUGUAGAUAUCUUUUAGUGUGUGUUUGUCUAAUUUAAGUGUGGCUUUUUAUAUCUAGCUUAGAUUAUGUUAUGUAGACUUUAGAGUAUUUGGGUUUUGGAGUUUGUUUUGUUUCACUGCCAUAAGAAUAAUCAUUUGGUAGAGUCUCUCUCAUUAGAUGAUCCAUGACUCAUUUUUAGUUCCUAUCCUACCUUGCUUAGGCUGCAUUAUUAUACGAUUUAUCUUAAGAAUCUCUGCUUAAGGUGAAUCCAUAAAUCUUUAGCCCUCAUGUUGAAUGCUUCCCGCGGUCUCUUCUUAUGCCUAUAGAUUUGAAUUUUGAACUCUGGUUAAAUUUUGAGCUAGUGCAUGUGUAAGUAGUUUUUUUUUUGUCAACUGUUUAUAUAGGUUUUGUUGUUCUAGAAGUAUAUGGUAAUUGUUAUGGUUAAAAGGGAUUUAAAAUAAAUUUGAUGAGUUUAAAGAUCCCUAACUUGUAGCUACACCUAAGAGUUUUCUUUCAUCAGAGAACUUCUUAACAAAAAGCAAACAUCUAUUUACGGCAGAGAAAACGAUAAUCUCUUCUGAUAUUCAGAACCACAAAAGAAAUGGUAUAUAGAAAAACCACUAUUUUUAGAUGUACAUUUUUUUUUUACAUUUAACUUGAUUUUCUCUAAUUUUCAAAAGCCUUUUCUCAGUUCCACAAUUUCAUUGUCGUCUAUUUUUAGAGGUUUCUCUAUUCGUAAGAAGGUAAAGAGAAACAAAGAAGGAAGGAAAGAAAAAAAAAAAAUGGAAGGGAAAGAGAAAGAAGAAGCGAAGAGGAGGACGAUGAUGAAUAAGAUCAAACUUAAGGAGACACAACAAGAGAUAAGCCAAGAAGACGUCAAAAGACAAGAAGCUUACAACAUGUCCCCACGUGUACGUGGUGGUGGUGGGCCAGCGGGUAUGGUGAAGUCAUCGAGCGUGAGGCUAAGCUGUUUGUGUGCACCAACCACACACCCUGGCUCCUUCAGGUGCCGUUACCACCGUCGUAACGCUGGACUCGGAAUGUCACGUGGCAUAUCUGUUCCGACUAACCUUUCCAUGUUGGCUGGAGGAGGAGGAGGCUCUAAUUCUACCUCUGGCUCUCCCAAGUCCUGAAGUCGUCCCACGAUUAAAAUAAAAUAUUAAUGAAUGUGUUUCUUCUCAAUACUAAAUUUCUCAAAUGUGUGUUUGUAUAUAAAAUAUUGAGACAGGCUUUGAUUUUCUUUUCUUUAUAUUAUGUUGGUAAAUAAUUUUCUCUUACUUUA